AUGGAAGGUCGGCGAAAACGUCAAUAUGAAUCCGCUAUGGCAUUUGACGCCGAAGAACGGGGUGAAAUGGUUGCCAAAGACAUCCCACUACCUCGACAAGCUACUCGCAGAGAUGAUGGCGAGAUUAUGCGUGAUCGAUACGGUGCCAAAGACUUUACACAUCUGAAAAUGCACGAUGAUCACGAAAGACGGCCAAUGUGGAUCGGUGAAGAUUGUAUGAUAUAUUUGGAGAGCUUCAGCCCCAUGUACAAAGCUGCACACGACUUUUUGGUGACGGUCGCUGAAGUAUGUUGGUUUUCCGUUUGUUGUGUCAUAUAUUUAGGACUGUUCAUAAACUGGUAAAUAUUGUGAUCGAGGUUGAUGCGAAAUGCUUUAGUUCUUUGAGUUUUUAAUUUUUUCUGAAUAUGGUUUGGUUUAAUAACUUUUUUUAUAAUUUUGUUUGAAACUAAAAUACGAAAAGCUACCAGAUGUGGUUUAAAAUAUAUCUUUCAAUAUCUACUAUAAUAUAGUUUUUUGUUCUAAAAAGAUAAAACGAGGUAUAAACGUUAAAUUAGCGUAAAUUAAAAGGUAACUGAACUAAAAGUUUUGAAGUAAACUUCAAGAUAUUUUUGAAAUGAUGUGACAUUAAUGUAAAGUUAAAAAACGGGCAUUUUUAGCCAGUAUGUCGUCCAGAAUUCAUUCACGAGUACCGUCUAACUGCAUACUCAUUAUACGCGGCUGUCUCCAUCGGUUUACAAACGUCAGAUCUGAUUGGAAUGUUGGACAGGCUAUGUAAACAUGAAGUGCCGGAGAUGAUCAAGAAGUUUGUGGAAGUUUGCACGUUAAGUUAUGGAAAAGUGAAGUUGGUGUUGAAGAAAAAUCGGUAUUUUAUCGAGUCGCCGCAUUCGGACGUCGUACAGAAAUUGCUAAAAGAUCCGGUCAUCCAAACUUGCAUAUUGGAGGAGGAACAGUCGAUGACGGAUAUCGACCAACAGACGGCUGAGAAAAAGGCCAAAACUGAUCUGAGUGGUGAUAAAAAGGUAGGUUUAAUUUUUUAAUUAAUUUUUGUUUGAAAUUUAGGUGAAAUUAACGGUGGAUGAAAAGAAAUGGCAGGAAAUAUUAUUUUUUUCGGCAUGGUUAAUAUCGUUUGCAAAAAUUCUGACACUACUCUGGAACAUUUACCUCAAAGAUAUAUGAUUUUAAGUCUAGGAUAGCAUGAAUAAUAUAAUUUUAUAGAUUUUUUUAGCUAAUUUUUAUAUUUUUUGCUAUUUUCAUUAAUUUUAAAUGAAAAGUUAGCAAAAUAAAUCUUACAGAGUCAUUUUCAGGACGAUGAAGAUGAAGAAGCGAACGAAUCCGACCAAUAUUAUGAUAAGAUUAUGCAAGAAGAGGAAAGAGAUGAAAAUGCAGAAGCGAUUAAGAAUUUACAAAUCCUGACGUUUGAAAUCAAACCAUCGUCGAUUGAAACGGUGCAGAAAAGAUGUAUCGAAAUGGAAUAUCCGUUAUUGGCUGAGUACGACUUCAGGAAUGAUACUCACAACCCCAAUAUGGGUAUUGACUUGAAACCGGCUACUAAAUUGAGGUUAGUUGGGGGAGACAGAUUUAUGAGGGUGGAAAUGACAAUUUUAAUUAAAAUAUUUGGGUUUUUAGGCUUAAAAAGGAAUUUUGAGACCUUAAAAUUAAUUCUAGGCUUAAAAACUCAUUUUUAGGCUUAAAAAGUCAUUUUUAGGCUUAAAACUUAUUUUUAGGCUUAAAAAUUACCUUUAGGCUUAAAAUUUAUCUUUAGUCUUAAAAAUUAUUUUUAGGCUUAAAAAAGUUUUUAGGCCUAAAAAAAUUAUCUGCAUACAUCUAUUCUUAAUUUUAAAAAUCUUUCAGGCCUUACCAAGAACUCUCACUCCGAAAAAAUGUUCAGUAACAGCCGAGCACGUUCAGGUGUAAUCGUACUACCUUGUGGUGCAGGUAAAACCCUAGUAGGGGUGACGGCUGCAACCACAGUAAACAAACGUUGUCUAUGUUUGGCGACAAGUAAUGUCUCAGUCGAACAAUGGCGAGCUCAGUUCAAAUUGUGGUCGACUAUCAAGGAAAGUCAACUGGUAAGGUUCACAAGAGAGGCCAGAGAUAAGGUACCAACUGGAGAGGAUGCCAAGAAACCGGUCGUUUGUAUAUCAACUUACUCUAUGGUUGCGUAUACUGGAAAGAGAACGUAUUUGGCUGAAGAGGCUAUGCAGUUCAUUGAGAGUCAGGAAUGGGGGCUGCUUUUGUUGGAUGGUAGGUUUGGGGUGGAUAAAGAGAUUUUUUAUUAUUUUUUUUAAUUUGAGGUAUCAAACUUAUAGAAAUGACGUUUUUUAUUAAAAUUUUGAAAUUUCAAAAAAUUUUAAAAUGACAAUUUUAAUUAAAACCAUAAUUUAAUUUUUCAGAAGUACACACAAUCCCAGCCAAAAUGUUCCGCCGAGUACUAACCAUCGUUCGCUCCCACUGCAAACUCGGCCUAACAGCCACAUUGCUUCGAGAAGAUGACAAAAUCACUGACCUCAACUUCCUCAUCGGCCCCAAAAUAUACGAAGCCAAUUGGAUGGAACUUCAGCGUAACGGAUUCAUCGCCAAGGUACAGUGUGCCGAAGUCUGGUGCCCUAUGACGGCCAAUUUCUACGAAUAUUACCUCAGUUCGGCCAUUAACCGAAAGCUCCUAUUGGCCGUCAUGAAUCCAAACAAGUUCCGCGUCUGUGAAUACCUGAUUCGAUAUCACGAACGUCGCAAUGAUAAGAUUAUUGUGUUCUCGGAUAAUGUAUUCGCGUUAAAGAAGUACGCUAUCAAGCUAGGACGGCCGUUCCUCUUCGGUGACACAUCUCAAAAUGAAAGAAUGAAGAUUCUACAGAACUUCCAGUACAACCCCAAAGUCAGCACGAUGUUCGUAUCUAAAGUUGCUGACACUUCGUUUGAUCUACCAGAAGCCAACGUUUUGAUCCAGAUCUCAGCUCACGGUGGCUCAAGACGACAAGAAGCCCAACGUUUAGGUCGAAUUCUAAGAGCAAAGAAGCAUUCCACAGAAGAAUUCAAUGCCUUCUUCUACUCGUUGGUAUCACAAGACACGGUCGAAAUGGCAUACUCGAGGAAACGACAACGGUUCUUGGUCGAUCAAGGUUAUGCGUAUAAGGUGGUGAACAAGAUCCCGGCCAUGGAAAAGGAACAGAACUUGGGCUUGACUACCCCAGCCGACCAAGCACAACUACUUCAACAAGUUAUUGCAGCCAGUGACUUGGACAUGGAAGAGGAAGAUGUGAAGGAUGGCGAUGAGGGACCAAGGGAUGCGAAGGUAAGGAUGAUGUUAAUUUUAAAAAUGUUUUGAUAGGAUAGGAGGGGGGUGGAUGGGGUCAUUUUGGUGGGUCUAAGGAUUUUUUAUUACUGUAAACAAAGUUAUUGCGGUUUUCCGAAAGUUUAAAAAUUUUUUAAAAAUUUGUAAAAAAAGUUUCUUCCAAAACUCAAAAGUACUCAAAAAUGCCAUUUUACGACAUUGUAAACAAAGUUCUUGUCAAAAAAUUGAUUUCCGCACUGUGCAGCGCCAUUUGUCUUCUUUGCACAGUGCGAAAGCGCGCUCCCGUCCGAUCUGGCAAGUUAAGCAACGGUGCGCUUGAUUAUAAAAAGUUCGAGGAACACUGAGUGGAAACAAAGUUUUUGAUGUUUUUAGGGUACUGGAAAGAAAGUUUUUGCAUUUUUAGCGUUGAUAAAUAAUGUCAUCUCUUAUGACAACUUUUUUUUAAUUUUUGAAGUCAGCUGCCAAAAACGAAGAAACUCAAAUACAAAUUAGUUUACCACCGUGAGCAUCGUGAGCAUUAGACUGUUAUACUAAUACUAUUUCCAAAUUUUCCAAUUCUAAAUUGAUGUUAUUUCAGAUUGCACGAAGAGAGGGAAACGCGGCCGGUUUCUCGGGCGGCGGUGCAAUGUCGUACGCUCAACGUGGACGACCGAAGGAACGCCAUCCUUUGUUCAAACAGUUUAGGUCUUGA